UUCCUGCAGACCUGGUUCCUGAUUGUUCUCCAUUUUAAAAGAAGAAGCUUCGUCUUGUGUGAGGAUCUGUCGUGUCUGAUGUCGCGGCACAGUAAGCUGCAGAAGCAGGUUCUGGCUCUGUACCGGCAGUUCCUGCGCGCCGGCCAGGACAAACCGGGCUUCAUCCCCCGAAUCCGCGACGAGUUCAGAGAAAACGCUCGCAUCAAGAAGACGGACGUGAUGCACAUCGAGUACCUGUACCGACGUGCUCAGAGGCAGCUGGAGCAACUGAAGGACACCAACACCAAACAGCUGGGCUCCUUCUCCAAACCCAAAGAGCAGAGCUGACCUCUGACCUGCACCACGUCAUGUGACCCUGAAUCACACCGACUAAUACCUCAGAAAGCAGUUAUCACCAAAAUAACAUGCUGAGAUGCUGCAUUCAAAUCCAGUGGGACAUUUCCUGCUGAGUACAGAGAAGAUGUGAUGUGAUAGACUGACAUACAGACAUUGCACUGAAUUCAUACAACAGUAACAAUAAACUCUGUAAUGGACAAAGCUGUGAUGUAGAAAUAUUAAUAUUGCAGUUAUUAUAUAUAUUUUAAUCAUUAUAUAAUUACCAUAGUAGCACGAUCCAUCAUUCAGUGUGUCUACACCAAGUAUCCUGGUGAUGGUUUGUGCAUGUUAACAUCAACACCAGGGGCCACAAUCAUAAAACUGUGUGCCACAAAUCUGUAGACACAUUCUUUUCAUCAGAUUGUAAAGCUGUGCAUAGGCAUCCAUAUUAUUCAUCCACGACAUGGUCACAGUAAAUCAUCAGCAGCGAUAUCUCAGUUGUGUUAUUGUGUUAUGUCCGUGGCUCAGAUCCAGACGUCUGAUUGUGUAAGCAGGUGUGUCAUCAACUUUAUCAAUCAAUUUUAUUUGUCGGGUCUCAAACUGUUUCUGAGUGUUUCUCUGGCAGCUCAGGUAGUCAAACUAUAACCAUACAGAGACGAUUGGUGUGGCCAAAAUUAAGAAUUUUAAAAGACUUGUUUCACAGAUAAAGUAUGACAGUUAUGAAGAAGAUGUAUCCGUGAUGAUUAGACCUGGAAUGAUGAU